UGUUAUUUUUUAAUAUUUUUGAUGCAGAAAAUUUAUAGUUCUCUGGCUGAUGUCAUCAGUUUUUCGAAAAAAAUUGAUUUAGAUCAGGAAAUACGUUCAAAGUUGAAAUAUUAUAGCAAAACAAUAGCACUCAGCUCUGUAUUAUUGUGAUGGCAGAUCCAAAGUUCCAAUUUUUACCUUACAUCGCUCACGAUCAACCAGACGUGUACGAAACACCGGACGCACCAGAAUCGGAAACAUCGGAUUUCUACGAGGAGGAACCUUCGAACGAUAGUAUUGAGCGGUUGCACAUCUCCACCAAGGAUUCGUACAACAAAUUCAAGGGAAAGUAUCUGACGGGAAAUGUGGAUUUUAGCGACCGAAUCGGGGGAAAGAUUCGAAUCGGAUACGAUGCCACAAGUGGAGAGUGGGACCUCGCUGGCGAAGGAGAGAGGGAAACGCCAGUUCAGAAGUGUCUGCGUUUGCAGUGCGAAAUGAACGAGCUGAUGGAGGAGAUUGCCGCUUCGCAAGCGGACGACAGCAAGACAAAGGAAGAAAAGGCUUCUUAUGAAGCCGUGUUCGAAGUCGUUGGCACUGCCAAGAAGGUAUUGGAAAGUCUGAAGUUGGAGCAAACAUUGGGUAGCGAAACAGUGGCUAUGGGGUCGGACACCGAAGCGAAAAAACUGUUGACGAAAAUUGAAGGCUAUAAGAAAUCCGGUGGAACUGAUCCUAUCAAGACGGCAACCGAGUUGGUCUACAGCACGAGAAUUGCCGAACUGGAGCAUCGCCUACAUGAGCUGGAAGUAGCCGUAGGAGCCAAGCCUGAAAAAAUCAGCCGCUUAGCUGGUUCGGCUGGGGCCGGAAAUCUGAUUGAAGCCGUGCAAUCAAUUUCGGCCAAGGCAGCUCUUUUGCAGCCUCAACAGUUGGAUCUGAUCGAAGCCAGGCUUGGCAAUUUGGUCACCAAGAUGGAUGCGUUUAACGAGAAAUCGGCUGCCAGCGGGCAGGAUGCUAAUCGGGAGCAGAAGAUAUUGGAACUGUAUGAAGUAGCCAAGACAACGGAACCAAUUGUGCAGAUUCUACCUGAUAUGCUGCACCGGAUGCAAACACUGGAAUCAUUGCACAAAUAUGCUACUAAUUUUAGCAAAUUGUUCGCCGAAUUGGAAACAACUCAGGCAAGCAUUUUGAACGGGAUUGCUUCGAACAAGACGCUGUUGACGGGAGUCCAGGAAGCGUUUGCUCAAAAUCUCGAAAACGUAAACAAGGAGGUUAAGAAACUGGAGGAACGCAUGAAAACGCUCCAGGAGAAGGUCAAGUAAGUCUGGAACAAAUUAUCAUUCCCCAAGCAGGAGCAUCUCUUAUCGGUAGUUAUUAUUAUUAUUAUUUUGAACGAGUUUCACAAUUAGAAAUGCUAGAUCUAACACAUUUAAUUAUUUAUUACUCAAAUUUAUGCUUAUGACGAAUGUAGUUUAUAAAAGGCAAACAAUUUUAUAUUUGAUUUGAUAACGACUGCAUUCGUCUUUACUAGAACUAUGCUAAAUAAAAUACCAAUGUGAUGAAAUCGCAUUCGCUGGAAUGAGGAAAA